UGAAGGUGGUAGUUCUUGGAGCUUUCCCGAUCCUCCCUAGGGUCCUAGAGAACACUCUUCAGUUCAGUUCCUCCUUACAGCCAAAGCAGCCACCAAGAUCAUGCCUUCCAUGUACGGACUUCCAGCCUUCAUGUCGGCCACAGAGCUGCUCCUGGCCGUCACCGUAUUCUGCCUUGGGUUCUGGAUGGUCAGAGCCACAAGAACCUGGGUUCCCAAAGGCCUGAAGACUCCACCCGGACCCUGGGGCUGGCCCUUCAUUGGGCACAUUCUGACCCUGGGGAAGAACCCACACCUGUCACUGACACGGCUGAGUCAGCAGUAUGGGGACGUGCUGCAGAUCCGCAUUGGCUCCACUCCUGUGGUGGUGCUGAGCGGCCUGAACACCAUCAAGCAGGCCCUGGUGAGGCAGGGAGAUGACUUCAAGGGCCGGCCAGACCUCUAUAGCUUCACACUUAUCAGUAACGGCAAGAGCAUAACUUUUAACCCAGACUCUGGACCUGUGUGGGCUGCCCGCCGGCGCCUGGCCCAGAAUGCCCUGAAGAGCUUCUCCAUAGCCUCAGACCCGACAUCAGCAUCCUCUUGCUACUUGGAGGAGCACGUGAGCAAGGAGGCUAACCAUCUAAUAGACAAACUCCAGAAGGUGAUGGCAGAGGUUGGCCACUUUGACCCUUACAAGUAUUUGGUAGUGUCAGUGGCCAAUGUCAUCUGUGCCAUAUGCUUUGGCCAACGUUAUGACCAUGAUGACCAAGAGCUGCUCAGCAUAGUCAAUCUGAGCAAUGAGUUUGGAGAGGUUACUGGCUCUGGAUACCCAGCUGACUUCAUUCCUGUCCUCCGUUACCUGCCUAACUCUUCCCUCGAUGCCUUCAAGGACUUGAAUGAGAAGUUCUACAGCUUCAUGAAGAAGUUAAUCAAAGAGCACUACAGGACGUUUGAGAAGGGCCACAUCCGGGACAUCACAGACAGCCUCAUUGAGCAUUGUCAGGACAGGAAGCUGGACGAGAAUGCCAAUGUCCAGCUGUCAGAUGAUAAAGUCAUCACAAUUGUUUUGGACCUCUUUGGAGCUGGGUUUGACACAGUCACGACUGCUAUCUCUUGGGGCCUCAUGUACCUGGUAACCAACCCUAGGGUACAGAGAAAGAUCCAGGAGGAGCUAGACACAGUGAUUGGCAGGGAUCGGCAGCCCCGGCUUUCUGACAGACCUCAGCUGCCCUAUCUGGAGGCUUUCAUCCUGGAGACCUUCCGACAUUCAUCCUUCCUCCCCUUCACCAUCCCCCACAGCACCACGAGAGAUACAAGUCUGAAUGGCUUCUAUAUCCCCAAGGGGUGCUGUGUCUUUGUGAACCAGUGGCAGGUUAAUCAUGACUGGGAACUGUGGGGUGACCCAAACGAGUUCCGGCCUGAAAGGUUUCUCACCCCGAGCGGCACUCUGGACAAGUGCUUGAGUGAGAAGGUCAUUCUCUUUGGUUUGGGCAAGCGAAAGUGCAUCGGGGAGACCAUUGGCCGAUUGGAGGUCUUUCUCUUCCUGGCCAUCUUGCUGCAGCAAAUAGAAUUUAAGGUGUCACCAGGGGAGAAGGUGGAUAUGACUCCUAUCUAUGGGCUGACUUUAAAGCAUGCCCGCUGCGAACACUUCCAAGUGCAGAUGCGGUCUUCUGGUCCUCAGCAUCUCCAGGCUUAGACUGUCCAGGAUGCUCACCAGACCAGGUGGCUGUUCCUGGGAUUCAACUUCAGCCAGAAACACAGACCCUGGGAUAUUGUACCUGCCUCCUACUUUGGACUUGUUUCUCUGUAUGCUGAACACAGACACUGGGCACAGCAGAGGCCCACAGGAACCUCAGAUCCUUCUCAAUUUCAGCAUCAACUAGGAGACCUGAAAGGGUUAGGAGAUAUCUGGGCCUCAGAGAGCUCCUGAAGAGCGGUCUGGGUGCCCCAGUGGCUAGCUGGUUUGAAAAAUACAGCAGGUCAUGGCAGGAUCUGUCUGGUUACUUUGACAAGUGGGAGCUGCCCAGAAUGGAGGGAGAAGGCAGCUUAAAAUACUGGCACAGAAGUGCCCUUGCCACCUGCUGAGGCUAAACGGCCUUCCCACAUGGGUUUAUGACACUGCAUGUGGGGGGGGGCCUCUGUUCACCCUACAUAGAAAUAAAUAGGAUGCCCCUGUCCUUGCAAAGCCCAUGUUUCUAUUCAGGAAGGGUUGAGACUUGUGUCUAGAAAGACCCAAGAACAGAGGGACAGAUUUUCUGGGCAGUAAAACCAGGUCUAGAGUCUUGUGUAGCCCAGGCUGACUCUGAACUUGCUACCAAAGGAGGCCUUGGACUCCUUUUUGUUGUUGUUGUUGUUCUUAUCACCAUACCAAGUGCUAGGAUACAGUCAUUGACUACUGCAUCAGCUCUUGGUCUCUCUUCUUUACUGUAUAUAAAAUGUUUUGUCUUAGAAAAUGUUUGUGCAUAAGAGCUUUGUAUUAUGGACUGUAUUUUGCUUAUGCAUUCAUAUUAGUUAUACCUUAAGAGAUUUAGAUAAUUUGCUAGUGUAACAGAGAAAAUUCUAACUCAAGUAUCCAGAAAUAUAUAGAAAAACCCUACCUGAACCAAAUAAAAAUAUUACCUGGAA